AGAGUGAAAACUUGUAAAUUAUAUCGUUCGUGUAAACUGGUCGCUAGAUCACUGCAUACGAAGCAAUUGUGGAAUCAUUUUCUGUUUUUUAUUUGUUACAUUUUGUUUGUCUUUAAGACAAGGUGCUUUCACGGUAUUCUAACCAUCCGUGAAUGCGCCAUCAGAACGGCAGAAUUUGAGGCGAGGCAUAAAAGCGAUAUUGAAUUAACCUGUUGGAAGAUCGAAUAUUCAGAAUAAGAUACAUGGUUAACAAAAUCGUUGCAUUCGCUGUUAGUAGCGCCUAUAUAACCGAGAGUUAUCGUGUUUGUUUAUUUGCCUAAAGCCGUUUUCUGGAGGUGUUCCGCAUACAUUAACGUCGCCUUCUAUAUGAGUGUAUGGCAAUUGUACAGCACUUCAUAUUAGGUAGCACCACAUCGCUGAUCCUACUUGGUUCCAGUAGGCCAGCCACAAAUUCUUUGCGAACAAAAGUGGAAACUGCAGUGAAAAGAACGAGGCUCGCAUAACUCUAUUACUGUGUUAAAUGGUAAUGCAUGCCAGAAAACCGCAACGUUUGCUAAGUGAUGGCUAUCAUCAGUCUCAUCAGUAUCAGAAUUCGAAAUAUGGUUCCUCUAAGCGGGAUUAUGAACGGGAGAAUACUUCACGAACCACCAGCUAUUCUCGGGACCGAGACAAUUCGCCUACCGGAGGAUCGUUGAAUGGUAAUAUUGUCCCAUAUAUUGUGUUACUAAUUUUUGUAUGUAAAAACUUUAAAUCUCAUUCAUGUUUCUGCAUUUGCUGUUUUUUCCUAGAUUCGCCUAGAGAUCGAGAAAGAGAACGUGAUCGUGACCGUGAAAGAGAACGAGAACGGGAUCGUGAUCGAUAUCAAUCGUCAGGAUACACAAUGAGUAAGCUACGCGAUAAGGAGCGGGACCGUGAAUACAAAAAAGAUAAAUAUUCAGAUUGUUCCCGAUCCCCCAAAAGAGGUCGUAGUGAACGAGAUAUUGACCAUCGUACGAUACACGAUAGGAGAUUUAAAAUGACGUCUUCGCUUUUGGAUAAACGUGGAACAUCUAGUGAUGAUCGCGAGCGUGAAAGAGAACGUGAACGAAUUGAACGCGACAGAGAACGUGAACGUGAUCGCGAUCGUUUACGUGAACGGGAACGUGAUAGGGGAGGUAGUGGUAAUGCGUCCACUGGCAAUGCUGCUAGCAGUAACAACAUCGGAGUUCUUGGCAGUAUUUCUGCGACCAUUAUUGCCGGUGCGCUUAAUAGUGGCAAUGUUGGCAGUAACAUGCUUAGCGCUUGUGCGAAUAUUGCUGCAGGGAACACAAGCAGCAAUGUAGGUGGAAUUAACAAUUCUGCUAAUAGUGUAAAUCAAAGCAGUGACCGAGACCGUGUAAGCCGUGUCGGAGAUUGGAGCGAACAUGUAAGCUCAUCUGGCAAGAAGUACUAUUAUAACUGCAAAACAGAAGUUUCUCAAUGGGAAAAGCCACGCGAAUGGAUUGAGAAAGAGAGCAGUCGUGUGCUAGGCAAAGAUCAGCAGCGGGAUUAUCGCGAAAAGGAACGAGAACGUGAGAAAGAGCGGGGAGGAGAUCGUGAACGAGAUGAACGCUAUUCAUCAGCAAUUGUUAAUCGUUCGUCCGCUUCAGCUUAUGGAAAGCAUUCCGGCAGCAGUAGUAGUAGUAGUAGUAAAAAUAAUUCUCGAGGGCGAUGGCAACAUCAUGAAUCUUCACUAUCCUCUCAUAGAAGGAGAACUUUUGAGGACGAAACCCCGGAUAUGGAUAUUAGUCCUGGUGAUUCGACGCCUACGUCCGAAGCUAGUUACUCGCAUUCGAGUACACCUACAGCUGGUCUUACGCAAGUAGGGUCCCAGCACUCACAGACAAACCAUGGUAUGGUGGGAGGUAAUACUAGUACUCAUGCUACAACGAUUGCUGUAACGAGUAGUGGAACUCCGCUGUCAUCGUCUGUAGUUGCAUCAAACAACAACAAUAUUAGUAACAAUAAUAGCGUCCUUGCGGAGGGGGCAAACCACAAUUUACCGGUCCAUUUGCCAAGAAUGGUAACAAAUUCUGCAGUAAGCCAAAUUGGAUUAACAAACAAUACACAAACAUCGUUAAAUCAGCAACUACAACACAAUGCUACACCUUCAUCAAAUUCGUCGUCUUCAUCGUCAUCUGGCGCCAGUAUAUCAUCCCCGUCUUUGCAUCACACUGCUCAUAGUUCCGGAACUUCUUCUUCUGCGUUAUCUGGUAUACAAGCAUGCCCAGUGGAUGCAGGAUUGUUAAGCUCUAACACUCCGGGGCCGCCAUCAUCGAUAGCGCCUUCACUACAACAAAAUGUGUCACAUUCACUAACACAGCAGCAGGGGUCUACACUUGUACAACAGAUGCCUCAGGCGCAACAGCAACCGCUAUAUUCUCAACAGUUAGUUCAAUCCUCCAUCCAGGUGUCGUCUGCAGGCAGUGGGACAUCCCUCAAUGUAACUACGUCGUUAGCAGGAUUGCCUAAAAUUCUGUCUCAAAUUACGGGCAACAAAGCUAUUGAACACAACGACCUCAAUCCACAGAAAGCUUUACAAACGAUUAAUAAUGCGUUAAUGAUGCAGUCUCGGCAACAUAAUCCUGGCACCGUGCACGAUAUGAGCGGUAACAGUUCAACAUUAAUUAAUCUGAGAGAUCAUGCAUUACAGUCUCCAUUGUACAAUGUGUCUAAUUUAUCACAUCCUGUCCACACGACUUCGCUUUCCAUUGGAUCUGGAACUCUUUUAAAUCAUAGUACACACCACAAUCACUCUGCUAAUAGCCACUGUAGUAAUCAAUCGAAUAUGAUGCACAAUAUUGGAUUAGUAGGAUGCAGCAGCGGUAAUGCAACUCAUACAGGCGAUGGACCUCCCACACCUACACAGGAGUUAGAAUUACCGUUAGUAGAUCAUAGAAAAUUAGAUGGAUUGGGAAGUACAGUAGUAACGACGACUACGACUAGUUCCGUAAGCAGUCUGCAAAGUGUCAUGGCAUCGUCUCAAUGCGGUCGAUCUCAGGGCCCAAAUCUAACGCCUAGUUUAGCAAAAUAUUUCCGAGCCGAUCUUAUUUCUCACGUUACUGGAUGGCCGUCAGAAAUAUUGGAAAAAACGAUUCAAAAACUUUCCGAGGAGGCACAUAUUUUAGGCGAUUUACAGUGCAGCAAAGUAUCCGCCGAAUUGAAAUGUGCCAGAAGUUUAGUUAGGAUAACCGAAAUUACUGCAACUUUGCAAGAACAAAAAAUAAUGUAUCUACGGCAGCAAAUCCGUAGACUAGAAGAAUCCAAAUCGGAAAACUCAUUCAUGUCGUCAGAUGAUCUAUAACAUAUUGGUAUGAAUAUUGAGCGCAUGUUCAGUCGGAUAUAAGAGUGCAAAAUGAGAAACCCAUGUAUGCGAUUGCGAAAUUGUAAUUAAAUUAAGCAAAAUUUUAAUAUAAGUAACAAGAAGCACUCAGAAACCAUAACAAUGAAAACAUUCAGCUGAUGUGCUUAUAAAUAUACAACUACAUUAGAAGCAAAUGUAUCUAAAAAAUAUUGAACUGUGUUGAGCUGACAAGAGAACGGUAUGUGUACCUAGGUCAUCAUGAAGCGGUAAUAUAUAUUUGAUCUUCUUCAU